AUGGAAGAGGAUACAAAGGCUCUGCUAGGCAAGUUAAACGCGUCUAAAGCUGCAACAGCCGACAAAACCGGCGCGAAGAACGCGGAUAGUCGACACGAGCCACGACAGCACUCAUCAGGCGACCGAGCCGCCCAAAAGAAGAACUUCGUGUACGCUGUUGACGAAGAGAGCUCCCCGGCGUCAACGACUGUCGUGCGCGAGAAAGGAUGGAACGUUUACAACCGCGAAACCGACGGAAAACCGCCGGAUUCCUCCGCCGCAGUGAGUUCUCGGCCCCCGGGAGCCGAGAAGUGGUGCGAUUACCACAACGCUAAGUCGCAUAACACCAGGGAAUGCAAGACGCUCUUCGAGCAAUUUCUCUCCUCUGUCGAGAACGGAAAACUCGAAAUCGAGCCUCCGAAACCUAGAGCCCGAGGAACGGCGAGCUGGAGUAAAAACAAAGACAGGAAAACCAGCAAGUCGCAAGGUAAAGCCCCUCAGCAAGAGAGACGAGCAACUCCCGAAGAAGCAGCUCCAGCAUCCCCGGAAAAGGGUAACUCGUCUAGCGACGAGGAAUCACCGAGAAACCGGCGACGCGUCGAGACUGUCUUCACAAGACCCGCCAAGGGCACCGGCGAUCAUGAACUUCCGCGAGCGAGAAGACGCAUCAACGUCGUCCUGACGCAACUGGAACCUCCAAGCGACGAACCUGAACAAGUUUCUCCUCCAGACCUGCGCGCUCGGCUGAGCAGCCCAGCCCUUGGCGACCUACGGAAUAUCCUCAAGCGGAAGGAGAAACCAGCGGCAGAUGCAGUCAGUCAUGUCCCCGAUCUCCGCGAGAAGAUCAACUCCUCUAAGACUCGCCGGUUGAAUAACCCAAGUCCCAUGAAGCCCCGCCCGGUGGAUCUGCGAGAAAAGCUCAACUCCAGGAAACCAGAUUUGCGAAGCCAGCUCGAUCGCCCCCUGUACUCCGAUCUUCGACAAAAGCUCGACGUCUCUAGAUCUCAGCAUCCCAACCAAGACAAAGACACUGUAAUCAACGUUAUUAUGGGAGGAUCCCCGCCCUGCGGUGACUCCGUCAGGUCCAUUAAAGACUACCGUCGUCAGGCAACUUCCUCGCGUAAGUGGCCGACAAAACCCGAGAACGAUCAUCAAAUCACUUUCUCGCCUGACGACGCCCUUGGCAUCCACAUGCCGCACAACGACCCCCUCCUCGUUGAACUCGGAAUCGGCGACUGUCAGGUCACCAAAAUUCUCAUCGACACUGGCAGCUCUGUCGAUCUGAUCUUUCGAGACACACUCGACAAGAUGGGCGUCGAUACGGGAAGUAUGAAACCGUCAUCCCGCUCCCUCACAGGUUUCAACGGUUCCUCCGAGGCCAUGAUCGGCACAAUCCGCCUUCCAGUGUACGCAUGUGGCACGACACGAACCGUGAAGUUCUCAGUCGUCGACUCUAAAGCCCCCUAUAACGCGAUCCUAGGCACCCCUUGGCUGCAUUCGAUGCGAGCAAUCCCAUCGACUUACCACCAAUGCGUCAAGUUCCCGGGACCAGACGGCAAAAUCCGAACGCUACGGGGCGAUCAGCAGGCUGCCCGAGACAUGCUAAUCGCCACCAUCAAGCUUCAGCGACAAACCUCGCAUGUUAACACCGUCUCAAACCCCUUACAGAAAGCGUUUCCCCAGCAAGAGGAGGUCAUCGAUAUAUCCCUUGACGUUUCUGACCCUAGUAAGGUGAUCCGCAUCGGAGCAUCCCUACCGGACAAUAUGCAGCAGCAACUCACCGAGUUUCUCCGUCAGAACGUCUCCACCUUCGCCUGGACCACAUCCGACAUGAAAGGGAUCGAUCCAGCAAUCACCUCUCAUGAGUUAAACGUUGACCCCACCUUUAAGCCUAUCCGUCAAAAGCGCCGAAAACUAGGACCCGAACGAUCCAAGGCAGUCAACGACGAGGUGGACCGACUGCUCGCCGCCGACUCAAUCAUGGAAGUCAAGUACCCCGACUGGCUCGCUAACCCUGUCGUCGUCAAAAAGAAAAACGGAAAGUGGCGCGUCUGCGUCGACUUCACGGAUCUGAACAAGGCGUGCCCAAAAGAUAGCUUCCCCCUCCCACACAUCGACCGUCUCGUCGAGGCGACUGCCGGAAACGCCCUCUUGACAUUCAUGGAGGCAUUCUCUGGCUACAACCAGAUAAUGAUGCAUCCUGACGACCGCGAGAAGACGGCGUUCAUAACAGAUCGAGGAACCUACUGCUACAAAGUAAUGCCCUUCGGCCUUAAAAACGCGGGAGCCACCUACCAGCGCCUUGUCAACCGCAUGUUCGCCGAUAAGCUAGGUUCGACGAUGGAAGUAUACAUCGAUGACAUGCUGGUCAAGUCGCUCCGAGCUGAGGAUCAUCUCACGCACCUCAAAGACUGCUUCACAACACUCAACGAGUACGGCAUGAAACUGAACCCGGCUAAAUGCACGUUCGGUGUUAUGUCCGGCGAAUUUCUCGGAUAUAUCGUCACUCAGAGGGGUAUUGAAGCUAAUCCCAAACAGAUAUCGGCGAUCCUCGAUCUUCCAAGCCCCAAGAACAGCCGCGAAGUACAACGCCUCACUGGCCGAAUAGCAGCGCUCAACAGGUUCAUCUCGCGAUCUACUGAUAAGUGCCUUCCUUUCUUUGAAUUGUUGCGAGGAAACAAACGAUUCAUUUGGGACGAGAAAUGCGAGGAGGCCUUUGGCCAACUUAAGCAAUAUCUGACUACUCCUCCAGUACUCUCGAAACCAGAAGCGGGUGACAUUCUCACCCUCUAUAUUGCCGUCACGCCUAUCGCCGUCAGCAGCGUGCUCAUACGCGAAGAUCGGGGGGAGCAAAAACCGAUCUUCUACACGAGCAAACGCAUGACAGAAGCCGAAACCCGCUAUCCCACCCUCGAGAAAAUGGCGCUUGCAGUGGUUCACUCGGCGAGGAAACUCCGCCCGUACUUUCAGUCUCACACGGUUGAAGUCCUCUCCAAUCAGCCCCUCCGAACAAUCAUGCAGAACGCUAACCACUCUCGGCGGCUAACGAAAUGGGCGAUGGAGCUCAGCGAGCAUGACAUCGUAUACAAGAACCGAACAGCAGCCAAGUCUCAGGUCCUCGCUGACUUCCUGAUCGAACUCACACCCGAACUCGAGCAGGAUCUGGCCGUGUCAUCUCGUAAUAGGAUUCUACACGUCGACGGCUCCUCGACCAAUAAAGGAUCCGGCGCCGGCGUUCAGCUCCAAUCCCCAACCGGCGACGCAGUCCCCCGAGCAUGGAACUCCAUGCAUCUUAAGCGUUAUUCCGCCUAG